AUGCAGAUUUCACAGUGCAUUCCUUACAAACUUGGAAAGAUAAUGUGUGACGUUCGUGCACAAAAGUCCGGUAUUGCACUUGAAGCACAGCAGAAAAUUCAUGGAAAAUAUGAUCGUGAACUUGCCGGACAAAUUCUCCAGUGGGUGAAGAACGUAACUGGUGAAGAUUUCGAAACAGAUGGUAGCGUAGAUAGUUUCAUCAAAAUUUUCAAGGAUGGCACUCUCUUGUGCAGAUUGGCCAACAGUCUGCAGCCAGGAGCUGUCAAGAAAAUCAACACCUCUGCAAUGGCAUUCAAACAAAUGGAAAACAUCUCAUUCUUCCUAGCUUUUGCCGAAAAGCACGUUGCGAAGUCUGAGCUGUUUCAGACGGUCGAUCUGUAUGAGGCUCAGGAUCCUAACACCGUUUUGAUCUGCCUUGCUUCUCUGGCUAGAAAGAGCGAGAAAUUGUUUGGAAAGCAAGGUCUUGGACCCAAGGAAGCCGAAGGUGAGAAACGAGAAUGGACUCAGGAACAGCUGAAGGCUGGACAGAAUGUGAUUGGACUGCAGAUGGGUACCAACAAAGGUGCUACGGCCAGCGGACUGAACUUUGGCAAUACGCGACACAUGUAGACUCAAAUAUUCUUGCAUAUCUCCAUUUUUAUCCAAGUCCAUAUUUCCGAUUUUUGCAUUCCGACCUAAUUUUGGUUUGCCAAUGUUUUCAAAGUUUUAUCUGCUACCGGUGCGUUUCUGUCGUGUUUGUGUCACUUUUUUUAUUCCCUUUUACCUGCCCUGAUAUUUCUAUUUUGUG